GCCGGGCGCGGUGCAUCCGCCCCAGUAUCCAUCCCACCCCUCCCACCGCCACUCCGCGCUGUUCUCUCCCAGCCCUGCUGCCGGUCGCUGUGUGGACCCUCCUCUUCCCCCAGUGUGCCACUGGCAAUAUCUGAGCCCAGCGCCGGCUGCGGAGCGCAGGGCUGGCUGGCUGGCUGGCUGCUCAUGUGCCACUCGAAGCGCCGCGCCUUCCACCACAAGCCGGUGAACUGCUUGGACACACGACAAACUUGCUUUCUUUCUUUACACUGAAUCGAGCUACCUUGUGGCACGCUAACCUUAACUCGAACCAGAGCAGCGGGAUAAGACAACUCCUUUCCGAGCGCAAGGAGGAUUAAGCCAACAUCAGCAAUGCCUUUUGGUUGCAUAACACUUGGUGACAAAAAGGAUUAUAAUAACCCUUCAGAUGUAACGGACAAAUAUGACUUGGGACAAACAGUCAAGACGGAGGAGUUCUGCGAAAUAUUAAGGGCAAAAGAGAAAUCUACUGGGAAAAUGUACACUUGCAAGAAGUUUUUAAAGAAAGAUGGAAGAAAAGUUAGAAAAGCAGCAAAAAAUGAAAUUAUGAUUUUAAACAUGGUGAAGCAUCCAAACAUAUUGCAGCUGGUGGAUGUCUUUGAAACACGCAAGGAAUAUUUCAUCUUCCUGGAACUCGCCACAGGUCGGGAGGUUUUUGACUGGAUUCUGGACCAAGGAUACUAUUCAGAACGAGAUACCAGCAAUGUAAUCCGACAAGUAUUGGAGGCUGUGGCUUACUUGCACUCCCUCAAGAUUGUCCACAGAAAUCUGAAGCUGGAGAACUUAGUUUAUUUCAAUCGCCUAAAAAACUCCAAGAUCGUAAUAAGCGAUUUUCAUCUGGCAAAAUUGGAGAACGGUCUGAUCAAAGAGCCCUGUGGCACGCCGGAGUAUCUAGCUCCAGAGGUUGUCGGGCGACAGAAAUAUGGACGGCCAGUUGACUGCUGGGCCAUCGGAGUGAUCAUGUACAUACUGUUAUCAGGGAAUCCACCUUUCUACGACGAAAAUGAUGAUGAGGAUUACGAAAAUCAUGACAAGAACCUGUUCCGGAAAAUCCUGGCUGGAGACUAUGAGUUUGAUUCCCCAUACUGGGAUGACAUUUCAGAUGCAGCUAAGGAUCUGGUGAGCCGUUUGAUGGAAGUUGACCAGGAUUCCAGGAUAACAGCUCAAGAAGCCAUUAAUCAUGAAUGGAUUUCAGGAAAUGCCGCUUCAGACAAGAACAUCAAAGACGGAGUCUGCGCCCAGAUUGAGAAAAACUUUGCCAAAGCGAAAUGGAAGGUACUUGAAAAAGCGGUGAGAGUAACAACAAUCAUGAAGCGGCUCCGGGCACCCGAACAGACCGAGACGGCCAAUGCCUCCCCAGCUUCAGUGCCCGCGCCCCAGGAAGGAACUGAGAACAAGGCCGCCGGCAGCACUCCUCCCCCAGAAAGUCAGACGGACAACUCAGCCAAGGUCGGCGUUACGACUAAAGCCUCCCCCAAGUGUAAUGGAGAAGCGGCCAGCCCUCACAAACCCGCCGCUGAAGCGUGGGAGGAGCAGAACGGCUGAUUCACACCGCCUCGCGCAGCGAACUUAUUGUGUAAAAUUUAAAAAAGUAGUUCAAAAUUUUUAUCGAUUAUUAAAAUGGCAGGCACGGUCAAACCGAUCAUAAGCAUUAAUAAAACAAUUCAAAGUGGUAUACAGAUGCAACGAUUGCCGCAGUUAAAUCCAGCAAGGCAUGUGAUAAUAGGUCUGUGAAGUUUGAAGCAAUAAUUGGAAAUUGUGGGUACUGAUUCUGCAAAAUGAAUCUAGAUUGAAAUCCAGGAGGAACAACUGUGGCCAAAACUUGUUUGUGCUUCCUGUCUUAUUUGCCAUACUGUUAGAACAUUUUACUGACAUUGCAUCUAUUAUUUUGAAAACACAUGCCACAUAUUAGCUUCUUGCAACACCUGGAAUUUCACUUCCUCAAGCAAUCUGCAGAUACACCUUGCUUAAUAUCAGCCUGAUUCAACUAGACCUUCUGUGCAUACUUUUACUAUGUCAUGCUUGUGUCUGGGAGCUUUGCCCUCUGCCUCGUGUGCUAGAAAAGGUAUUUGCUCUGCCUGAUUUCUUUUUUUUUUCUUCUUUUCUGAUUUUUGCCUGAUUUCUCGGUGAGGGAAUCAUGGCACCCAAGCAAGGUGAUUCUAUGUAUGCUGGUCCCAGAAGCGGAUCUGCAAUCACUCAUUACAAUCGCUCCACUAUUUUAAACCUCUACUCCAACAGCUGCAUUUCAUAUGUAGGAAGGAACUGCUGGUGUUGGUUUACACCGAAGAUAGACACAAAAUGCUAGAGUGACUCAGCAGGUCAAGCAGCAUCUCUGGAGAAAAGGAAUAGGUGACGUUUCGGGUUGAGACCCAUCUUCAGUCAUGGGAGAGGAAAACAGAGGUAUCCAAAGGAGAAAGAAAGUAUGGCUUCUAGCCAUACCUCCAGUUUCCCUCUCCUCUGACUCAGUCUGAAGAAGGGUCUCAACCUGAAAUGUUAACCUUUCCUUUUCUCCAGAGAUGCUGCCUAACCUGUUGAGUUACUCUAGCAUUUUGGGUCUGUCAGCAGCAUUUCUUACCUUCCCUUUAUCCUGUGUCUGCACACCGUGGCCGACUCGAUUAUAAUCAUGUAAUGUCUUUCCGCUGACUGGAAAGCACACAACAAAAAGCUUUUCGCUGUACUUCGGUGCAAAUGACAAUACAUGAAACUAAACUAAGGAGAAGCAAUCAUGCUUACAAUUCCCUGAUCUCCAUAUACAGCUGGCAAUGCUCCCAACCCACAUCACAAAGGAACGAAUCCCAACCUCCUGAACUUUGCAGAAUGGAAAAUGCCCUUGAGAAAAUAAAUUUGCACAUUGGUUCCCCAAUCCUAAAGCAAACAGAUUGCCACCUUGGAUUUCAGUUUAGUUCAUUGCCAUAUUCCCCAAGGUGCAAUGAAAAUCCUUGUUCGAAUGAAGCUCACAGAGUGAACCCUAUUCAUAGCAUUGAUAAAUACAAACGAUAAUACAAUUUUUAAAAAUGAAGUAAUGCAAGUAAAAUAAAGAUCUCAAGUAAAGUACCACAGUGCAGAAUUUCAGCUGACCUUAAAUCCCACAGCUCUGCUAAAAAGCAGCCCCUUGUUACAAUAUACACCAUCACCCCCAGUAGAAUUCUCUCAGUUCACAGACCUCUCCACAUGGGCAUUGACGUACUAUGCUGUUUAUUGCUAGUUUCAACUCAUCCACUUUCCCAUUGAAUAUGAAAGCAUAUUUGUGUUUGUUGGAUACAAUACUAUGCAUUGCCGUGCCUCGUGCAUCAAUGUGUCAGGUCAUGGGCAAAAUCAGGCCGGACCCUUGGUUUUCUACCGGCAUUUGUUGCUCUCCAUGGAUAAGCUGACAAAAGAGGCUGUAGUAUAAGAUAACAGUACCUGAUACUAUAUCAAUCCCUGGAAUACUGCAUCCCAAAUGUCCUUUAAUUCAUGCCCUGCAAUACAGAUUUUAAAGGCAAUACCUUCGGCAGAUGUUCUAUGAAUUAAAACGUACGUACUUUGAAAGUUUAGGGGGUGGUGUUGAUAGACAGAGGGAGAAAGGGCAUUCAGUGCUUUAUAGUGUUAACUUUAUACGCUGGUAAUAAUAGAGCAUUAUUUUAAGCAAUGCAGUUCUUUUGUGUAAAAAUUCUCGGUGGCUUGCUUGGGAGUACUUUAAAAAUCGCUGGUGUACCUGUGCCUCGGCACAGACUAACCACACACAGACUAGAAGCUGCUCAGAAUUAUCUCCAAACCGAUAAACUGCGGAAACGUGCAAACAAAAAAAUAAACAUCUAAAUAAUUUUAAGGACGCUAAAUUUGUAACAACGUGUAUGUAUUUGGAAAUAUAUUUGUUAAGAGAUUAAAAUAUCAGUGGCGGAAAUGUGCAGAUUCUUCUGUGCUGUGGAGAAGACAAGGCACACAGAAGCGGUCUGUUGCAUGCGCGCCAAUUUGUAACGUACAUGUAAUUGCAUGCUUAUAUUUUGUCACAUUAAAACAGUGGGUUAACAUGAUGUAAUUUAUUGUGUUGUAACAUGUAAAAUAAUUCAGGUCCAUUUUAAAAAACAGUUUGAAAAAUCGCUGAAGAAUUUAGGCCUGUAAUUUGAACAACUACUGUUUGAAGAAAAGGUAUUUUGGCUCUUAAAAAAAAUAAACAAAAAAAAUCUUUCAAGGUGUGUUAUUUUCUCACGCUAGAUGCAAGUUGAAUUC